AUGCCCAAAACUAAGCCUCCAGCAACAUCAUCAAAAUUGACAUCGACAAUUACGUCGAAAUCAAGGAAGAGCAACAAUCAAUCAAAAUCAAAAUUAUAUUCAAACUUCCUACCUAUCCCUCUACUCCUGCCUUCACCUUCAUCGAGCAAACCAACCACGCACUAUAUAUACGUUCGACCACACACUUCGAAGUCCUCUACUUCCGAUGGGAAAGCGGACUUACCAGAAGAUAGAACACUGUUCGUCACUAAUUUACCUGUAGAUGCGGGAUUGCAAGAUCUGAGGGGUAUAUUCGGUAAAUGGGGGGUAGUGGAGGAUAUCAAGAUGGGCGGGUCGCAUGGAGGAGAUAAUGUCUUGGAGAAAGCGGUAAAGGGAUUAGAUGUAGACUCGGAGUCGGAUUCCGAUGAAGAAGGAGACGAAGAUGAUGAUGAUGCUGAGCCCAAAGAAGGAAGAAAAGAACAGGAUGAGGAAGAAGGGGAGAACACAAAACCCCAACUACAAUUUCAAGGUGAUAUACCAAUCAAACUCACCAAGAACCAAAGACGUCAACAGCGUCGAAAUGCCAGAAACGCUUUACCCCCCAGUGUACCUGAGAUAAUCAAUCUACCAAAUUUGAACCCUCGUCAAUCUCCUUUAGGAAUAUCGGGAAGUCAUUCGUGUCAUAUCAUUUACCUAGAUCCGAUAUCAAUCACUCGUCUAAUGUCCUCCACCCCAUCUUCGAUAAAUCUCACAAAAUACCCUUCAGAACCUGCUGGAUUGGAAUACUACACAUCGUUGUAUAACACUUGUCGACCUGAUUUAAGUGCCGUAAAAGAAUAUGCAGAUUCCUCGAUGGACCGAUUCGAUCAUCUACAUGGAUUAUUACUUUCCUCAAGGGCUAAAGCUCAGGGCGCAGGAGCGUUGGUGGAUGAGGAUGGUUUCACGGUUGUGGUCAGAUCAGGCAGGUAUGGAAGAGCAGGUGCGAGAGGUGAUGAGUUUGGAACUGGAAAGGGCGGAGUCGGUGUAGCAUCGACGAACUUCCAGAAGAAGUUGAAGAAGAAGAAGGAAGGAAGUGGGGCAGGAGAAUUGAAGGACUUUUACAAGUUCCAGAGGAACGAGAGGAAACGACAAGAACUCGCCGAAUUGCGUUCCAAGUUUGAAUCGGAUAAACAGAAAGUCGAAGAACUCAAGAAGAAUAGACGAUUCAAACCUUACUAG